CAGCGCGGGAGGGACCGCGCCAACAGGAGCGCCUCGUCUGUGAAACCGCCCCUCCAAACGCUGCCACCAAUCAGAGAUGAGCAGGGAGAGGGCGGGGUCCUAAAUCAGACCCGCCUCCUCCAGUUGUCAGUUCCCUUCUUUAGUGCCACGGAGGAAAUAGCCCACCCUCUUUUCUCGAUUCUUGUGUCAGGUGGUUUGGGACUGAAGCUUCUUGGUUGCUUGAGUGCUAUUCAUUUUAAGUUAAAAACAGCAGCAAGCCAAGAUGGUUUGGAGUCUGUUCUUAUGUGUCGUGUUUGGAAGCAGGACCAGCUGUUCAGGAGCAUCCCGGACUAGAGCCAGGCACAGUUGAGACUUGGAUCUAACUAAAGACGGCUGCGGAUUCUUCUGCAGCAAUGUCGGUGUUAGAAGAAAGUCGACCAUUUGCUCAACAGUUAUCCAAUGUCUACUUUACAAUACUUUCACUUUUCUGUUUUAAACUUUUUGUGAAAAUCAGCCUUGCCAUCCUCAGUCAUUUCUACAUUGUGAAAGGGAAUCGCAAGGAAGCGGCGAGGAUAGCAGCUGAGUUUUAUGGAGUAACCCAAGGACAAGGUUCCUGGGCAGAUCGAUCACCACUACAUGAAGCUGCAAGUCAAGGUCGUCUUCUUGCUCUGAGAACAUUAUUAUCACAGGGUUAUAAUGUGAAUGCAGUCACUAUAGACCACGUCACCCCAUUACACGAAGCCUGCCUGGGAGAUCACGUGGCCUGUGCCAGAGCUCUUCUGGAAGCUGGAGCUAAUGUAAAUGCAAUCACAAUAGAUGGUGUGACUCCGUUAUUCAAUGCAUGCUCGCAAGGCAGUGCCAGCUGUACAGAACUUCUUUUGGAAUAUGGUGCGAAGGCCCAGCUGGAGUCCUGUCUUCCAUCUCCCACACAUGAGGCUGCCAGUAAAGGUCACCAUGAAUGUCUCGACAUACUGAUAUCCUGGGGCGUAGAUGUUGACCAAGAUGUUCCUCAUUUGGGAACUCCUCUCUAUGUAGCUUGCAUGUCACAGCAAUUCCAUUGCAUCUGGAGACUUCUUUAUGCCGGCGCUGAUGUACAAAAAGGCAAAUAUUGGGAUACUCCAUUACAUGCUGCUGCUCAACAAUCCAGUACAGAAAUUGUAAAUUUACUAUUAGAAUUUGGAGCAGAUAUCAAUGCCAAAAAUACAGAGCUUCUGCGACCUAUAGAUGUAUCUACAUCUAACAGUAUGGUAGAGAGAAUACUGCUUCAACAUGAAGCUACCCCAAGUUCUCUCUGCCAACUCUGCCGACUCUGUAUCCGAAAUUGCAUAGGAAGACCAAGAUUACAUCUUAUCCCACAGCUCCAGUUGCCAACAUUAUUGCAGAAUUUCUUGCAGUAUCGAUAAAGCAGUAAAAUAUCUCUAAAUUCUUUGAAAAUCAAAAAUUUCUAUUUAAUUUGCAUAAUGAAUAUUUCAUAUUAAAAGUUGCUAAAUCCAGGGUAAACGUUGAGUAUGCGAUCAUCCAGGGAAGCAGUAAGAUAUCAAUUUCCAUUUUUAGUGUACUACUUAGUACUUUUGUUUUAGAAAUUUUUACUGUGCUUUGAAUUAUAAUACAUUUAACAUAUCCAUACAUUUUAGCUAUCCCAAUAUAUCCAUUUUUGAUUUAGGGAAAAAAUAAGAAAUUUGCCAUUUCAUCCUCUAUAUUUCCAAAGUGGAGAAGAAUAAAUGUAGACUUUUACUAAAAUUGUAAUUAUAAAUUUCAUAUACUGUAUUAUAUUCGAAAAGAUCUGUGUUCUCCAAAUAAUGGUUUAACUUUAAUUUUGGCUAUGGUAAUUGGUUAUCUGUGUGUUUUUGAUAUUGACUCAAAACAUGAAUAUAAUUUAGAAAAGAGUAAAUGUGCUUUCUGAAAUAAAGAUGAUUCUCUUUCAGGAAAUCUA